AUGCGUGUUAUUGAAACAGAACCUGCCAACACACCGGCGUGUUUGCCAUACUUCAGCGAACCUGCCGAGCCGACUCAUGAGGUGCGAAAGUCUCAGGGGCAUGGACACCGCCACCAUCAGAUAUACUCUCCUAUUGACCGGGAGCCCCAAACCCAUGGUGCCGAUCAUGUUCUCACGCUCAAGUUGGUGAGCGCCGGCUUCUCGUUCUUCGUCGCUGGUGUCAAUGACGGCAGUGUGGGCGCUCUGAUUCCGUACUUCAUGCGUGAGUAUGGAAUCAGCACCACCGUUGUCUCUACCGUUUUCAUUUCUAACUUCCUCGGCUGGCUCUCCGCUGCCAUCUCCAACACCCAUCUGAGUCAGUGUCUCGACUUGGGCGCCAUGCUCGCCCUUGGCGCUGCAUGCCAGGCUGCUGGCCAUGCCUUACGACCCUGGGGCCCGCCUUUCGCAUUGCUAGUCUUCAGCUUUUGGCUUAUCACUCUCGGCCAGGCCUACCAGGACGCCCAUGCAAACACUUUUGUGGUCCGAGUUGGAAGCGCCGCCCACCACUGGUUGGGCUUCAUUCAUGCUAUGUACAUGGCAGGCUGUCUUGUAGCACCAUUUGUUGCCACUGCUGUUGCCUCAUCCGUUGGUGUUGGUGAUCGAUGGCAUCUGUUCUAUGUGUGCCCUCUAGGGCUGGGGUUAGCCAACCUGGUCCUUGUAUUGGUGGCAUUUCGUGAUUCGGUCAGACUUAUCUGCACACCCAAAGCGUCUUCGCAAGACGCCCUCCCUCCAGAUCAGGGAAACACAGCAGCAACCCCAUCCCGCCAUGCUGCCGCCGCUAAUUUGAUCAAAAUAACCCUGUGUACACCAGCCAUGUGGCUGUUGAGCCUGUUUUUUUUCUUUUUCCUUGGUGCUGCCAUCACGGCAGGAGGGUGGCUCGUGGAGUACCUCGUAGUAGUCCGAGGAGGCGAACUGGCACAGAUGGGUUACGUUCCGGCCGGGUUCAACGGAGGCUGUCUGCUAGGACGGCUUUUGCUCCCAGAACCCACAAAACGGUUCGGUGAACGUCGCAUGAUCUUCUUGUAUGCCGUCUUAUGCGUUGCGCUUCAACUUCUAUUCUGGUUAGUCCCUAAUAUCAUAGCUGCUUCGAUCGCUGUUAGCUUCCUCGGCUUCUUUUCUGGCCCUUUCUUUGCAACGAGCAAUCCCAGGAUUCUUGUCUAA